AAAAUCAAAAUCCAAAACAUAUUUUGUGAAGAAGAAAAAAGGUGUAAGAAAAUCAAUCAAAGUACUACUUGUUCAAAUUAAUUAAUAGUAUAUAUACAGAGAGAGAGACACACACACAUGAGAGAGAAAGAGAGAGUCUCGAAAUUAAGAGAUAGAGUGAGAGAGAGAGAGUGCGGAAUCAGGAAACCGGGAAUUACAUAACGGCGCUUUCUACUUCGUCUUUCUUUCUCUUCUUCCUCUCAAUUCAACGCUAUACCUUAAAAUCAAUCGUUGAAGCCUUGACCUAAAACCCUAAUUUCCUUUUGAUGCAUUCAUAAUUAACAGAUCAGAAAUCAGAACCCUAGAAUUCAAUCAAAUCAAUGGCUACGUCGGAGUUAGGGCAACAGACGGUGGAGUUAUCCACUCUCGUUUCUCGAACUGCACAAGAUUCAUACAAUUCCCUUAAAGAACUUGUUGAUAAAUGUAGGUCCACCGAAUUAUCCGAUACCGAUAAGAAAAUUAGUAUGCUCAAGUUUCUUAGUAAGACUCAACAACGCAUGAUCCGUCUCAAUGUUCUCUCCAAAUGGUGCCAACAGGUUCCUUUGAUACAACACUGUCAGCAACUGGCUUCCACUGUUUCGAAUCACGACAUGUGUUUUACUCAGGCUGCGGAUUCAUUGUUUUUCAUGCAUGAGGGGCUUCAACAAGCACGGGCUCCGGUUUAUGAUGUUCCAUCCGCCAUUGAAAUUCUUCUCUCGGGGAGUUACGAGCGUUUGCCUAAGUGUAUAGAAGAUGUUGGUUCUCAGUAUGCAUUGACUGAAGAUAAGCAAAAGCCUGCUUUGAAGAAGUUGGACAUGCUUGUUCGGUCUAAAUUGCUUGAAGUAUCUCUUCCCAAAGAAAUUUCCGAUAUAAAAGUUUCUGAUGGUACUGCAACAGUUAGGGUGGAUGGAGAGUUUCAGGUUUUAUUGACACUUGGGUACCGAGGACAUAUGUCCUUGUGGAGAAUAUUGCAUUUGGAGCUGCUUGUUGGUGAAAAAAAUAAGCCUGUGAAAUUGGAAGAAUUUCGGCGACAUGUGCUUGGAGAUGAUCUAGAGAGACGAAUGGCAGCGGCUGAAAAUCCGUUUUCAAUAUUGUACUCGGUUCUUCAUGAGCUGUGUGUUACACUUGUCAUGGACACAGUAAUAAGGCAAGUGCAAACCCUUCGACAGGGAAGAUGGAAAGAUGCAAUUCGGUUUGAGAUCAUAUCUGACGGUGGCACUGGUCAUGGGGCAAGUUCAAGCUCUGUGCAGAACCCUGAUGGGGAAUCUGAUUCAUCUGGUCCACGAACUCCAGGGUUAAAAAUUAUAUACUGGUUGGAUUUUGAUAAAAAUGCUGGUACGUCUGAUUCAGGUGCUUGCCCAUAUAUAAAAAUUGAACCUGGAUCGGACCUUCAGAUAAAGUGCACUCACAGUAUCUUUGUCAUAGAUCCAUUAACCGGAAAAGAGGCAGAGUUUUUCUUAGACCAGAACUGUAUUGAUGUUGAGUGGUUAAUACUAAGAGCUAUUUGUUGCAAUAGAUAUACUCGGCUGCUGGAAAUUAAAAGAGAACUGGUAAAAAAUGUUCAGGUCUGUAGAACAGCAGACGAUGUUGUGCUCCAAUCUUGUAUAGGUGAACCUGAUGUUGAAUAUAAGCAGAAGGAUGAUAAGGGUUGCAAUAAGGAUUCUGAGGGGCACGAGGUACUGCGUGUGCGUGCUUAUGGCUCUUCGUUUUUUACUCUUGGAAUUAGUAUCAGGAAUGGACGAUUCCUUCUCCAAUCAUCACAAAAUAUAGUUGUCUCUUCUGCCUUGUUAGAAUGUGAAGAAGCUUUAAACCAGGGAUCUAUGACUGCAGCUGAGGUCUUCCUAAGCUUGAGACGCAAAAGCAUGUUGCACUUAUUUGCAUCUAUUGGAAGGGUUUUGGGCCUUGAGGUAUAUGAGCAUGGGUUGAAUACAGUCAAAAUACCCAAAACCUUUUUGAGUGGUUCAGCUAUGCUGAUGAUGGGAUUUCCAGACUGUGGAAGUUCUUACUUCCUGCUUAUGCAACUUGAUAAAGAUUUUAAACCCUUGUUUAAGAUGUUAGAGACUCAACCAGAUCCAUCUGGAAAAGACAAUUUAUUUGGUGACCUUAAUCAGGUGCUGCGGUUCAAGAAAAUUGAUAUUGCACAAAUGCAGGUGCUGGAAGAUGAAAUGAAUUUAAGCUUGGUGGACUGGGAAAAGUUACAUUCCAUUUUGCCCAAUGCUGCUGGUCCAAAUCAAACGUCUGGACAUGAUCUUUAUUCUGAUAUCCGACUUGAGAAUUCCAUACACAUUGCUAGAGGCCAUCAUCCAUCUGGUUUUUCAUCACUGGUUGAUGAAGUUUUUGGACUCGAGAAAGGGUCUUCCGCGCCUCCAUUCCCUGUUCAAAACCUUUCUUCACCGUUGAAUACAUCUCUUCCUUCUCAUUAUGGUUCUGUUCCAAUGAAUGUUAAUGUAACUACCCACUAUAAUGGUUCCUUGUUCUCAUCAGGCAGUGUGAAGGGUCCAGUUCAAUCCAGUUCUGUUGGCUCAAUUCCCACUGGACAAGGAAGGGGUGUUGGGAAAAAGCUAUCUGCCUCAAAGUCUGAACAGGAUCUGGCUUCCGUAAAAUCUCCGCAUUCAGUUGACAUUAGUUCCGCUACUGCAAUGGAUGAAGAUACUGCUAAUGACGCUUUAUCUGGAAGUCGUUCAUCUCUAUUAUCUCCCCCCCGACUGACUAGCUCUCGAAUGUCUGCACCUAGUUCCAGACCUAAUGGACCACCAGUGGAAUCGUUCAAGACUGCUGGAUCUAGUUCAUGUGCUACAACACCCGUAUCCCAGGGACAGGAAUGCACAGCUAAUUUUAGCACUAGUGAAGAUGUUAUCUCCGAACAUGAUAAAUCAUCUCGUAAGCGAACAGCAUCAGAUAUGUUGAAUUUGAUUCCAUCUCUUCAAGGUGUUGUAAAAAAUCAAGGAAUCUGCAAGAGAAGAAAGAUUUCAGAUUCACGUGACUCUCAAUUGUCUUUGCCACAAGGCAGUAUAACCCCAGAAAUGAUUCCUAAAGCUGGAGGAUGCAGUUAUGGAAGUUUAAUUGCAGAAGCAAAUAAGGGAAAUGCUCCUUCUAGCAUUUAUGUAGCGGCUCUUCUUCAUGUGGUCAGGCAUUGUUCACUUUGCAUUAAACAUGCUAGGUUAACCAGCCAGAUGGAUGCAUUAGAGAUAUCAUAUGUUGAAGAAGUGGGUUUAAGAAGUGCAUCCUCUAACGUUUGGUUUCGACUUCCAUUUGCAAGAGGUGAUUCAUGGCAACAUAUAUGCUUGCGACUUGGCAGACCUGGUUGUAUGUAUUGGGAUGUUAAAAUAAAUGACCAGCACUUCAGGGAUUUAUGGGAGCUUCAGAAAGGUGGCAGUAACACACCUUGGGGUUCCGGUGUUCGAAUUGCUAAUACAUCUGAUAUAGAUUCGCAUAUACAUUAUGAUCCAGAUGGUGUUGUUUUGAGCUAUCAAUCUGUUGAGGAAGAUAGUAUGAAGAAGUUAGUGGCUGAUAUCCAAAGGCUUGCUAAUGCAAGAACAUUUUCCAUCGGCAUGCGGAAAUUGCUUGGUGUAAGAGCAGAUGAGAAGUCAGAAGAGCUCCUUACAAGUUCUGAUGUCAAAAUAUCUGGUGCCAAGACUGCUUCAGAUACCGCAGACAAAUUAUCAGAACAGAUGAGAAGGGCGUUUAGAAUUGAGGCAGUUGGACUGAUGAGCUUGUGGUUUAGCUUUGGUUCAAGUGUCCUUGCUCGUUUUGUUGUUGAGUGGGAAUCCGGAAAAGAGGGUUGCACAAUGCAUGUAUCUCCUGAUCAGCUUUGGCCUCAUACCAAGUUUCUAGAAGACUUCAUAAAUGGAGCUGAAGUUUCAUCGCUUCUGGAUUGCAUUCGGCUGACUGCAGGACCAUUGCAUGCUCUUGCAGCGGCAACCAGACCAGCACGAGCUGGUCCUGUUCCAGGUGUUGCAGCCACCCUAUCUUCUUUACCUAAACAGGCCGGUUAUAUAUCAUCACAGGGACUUCUGCUUGGUAGUUCAACUUCAACCGCUAAUAUUGGUCAGCCUGCUUCUGGUGUUGGAGCAAAUACUGGCAUCACUAACCAAACUCUUUCAAUGUUAGCUGCUGCUGGCCGUGGUGGCCCAGGCAUUGUUCCAAGUUCACUCUUACCCUUUGAUGUCUCUGUUGUGCUCCGUGGUCCUUAUUGGAUACGAAUCAUGUAUCGGAAACAGUUUGCAGUUGACAUGCGUUGCUUUGCAGGAGAUCAGGUGUGGUUGCAGCCUGCCACACCUCCUAAAGAGGGGCGUCCUUCUGGAGGGUCAUUACCAUGCCCCCAGUUUCGACCUUUUAUCAUGGAACAUGUGGCCCAGGAAUUGAAUGGAUUAGAUCCUAGUUUUACUGGACAACAGGCAGGUGGGUUAACAAGUUCAAACAGUCCAAACCCAAAUCCAGGAACCCAGUUGAUAUCUGCAAACGUGAACAGAAUAAACUCUGUCGCAAUAUCAAGGACUGGAAACCAAUUAGCUAACCGUAUGGGAAACACUUUAGCAGGCUCUCCAAAUUUAGCUUUGAUGACAUCAUCACCUAUUCGAAGACCAGCUGGAGCAGUUGUCCCAGCACAUGUCAGAGGUGAGUUGAACACAGCCAUUAUUGGCCUUGGUGACGACGGAGGAUAUGGAGGUGGUUGGGUUCCUCUUGUUGCCCUCAAAAAGGUUUUGAGAGGCAUUCUCAAAUAUCUUGGAGUGCUAUGGCUAUUUGCCCAGUUACCAGAUCUUUUGAAAGAGAUCCUAGGAUCCAUUUUGAAGGACAAUGAAGGUGCCCUUUUGAACUUGGAUCCUGAGCAGCCUGCAUUGCGUUUUUUUGUUGGGGGAUAUGUAUUUGCUGUUAGUGUCCACAGAGUUCAGCUUCUUCUGCAGGUGUUAAGUGUAAAACGCUUUCACCACCAACAGCAGCAGCAGCAACAAAACUCCAAUCCUGCACCAGAAGAACUGAGUCAAUCUGAAAUAAGUGAAAUAUGCGACUACUUCAGCCGCCGGGUGGCAUCCGAGCCCUAUGAUGCUUCUCGUGUUGCUUCGUUCAUAACCAUGCUCACCUUACCUAUACCGGUUUUGAGAGAAUUCUUGAAAUUAAUUGCCUGGAAGAAGGGAUUAUCUCAGGCACAAGCUGGAGAUGUUGUUUCAGCUCAAAAACCACGAAUUGAAUUAUGUCUUGAAAAUCAUGCUGGGUUGAACGCAGACGAGAACUCAGAGAGCUCAUCUGCAUUUAGAAGCAACAUUCAUUAUGAUCGUCUGCAUAAUUCUGUUGAUUUUGCACUUACUGUUGUUCUUGAUUCUGCUCACAUCCCACACGUCAAUGCUGCCGGGGGUGCUGCUUGGUUGCCUUACUGUGUUUCGGUAAGGUUGAGAUAUUCAUUUGGCGAAAUUUCUAAUGUAUCCUUUCUCGGCAUGAGUGGUAGCCAUGGCGGUAGGGCAUGUUGGUCGCGUGUUGAUGAUUGGGAGAAAUGCAAACAGAGGGUGGCACGGACAGUGGAGGCUAGUGCGAGCUCAGCAGCCGAUGUAAGUCAAGGUAGGUUGAAAUUAGUUGCAGAUAGUGUGCAAAGAAAUUUGCAUUUGUGUAUUCAAGGGCUUCGAGAUGGUAGUGGGGUCACAGCCAGCUCUGGAGCAACAUGAUUUUGUUAAUUUUGGCAGUGGUUAUAUCUAUAUGUUGGGUUAGUGCUGUCAAUAUACGUAGUUUACCAUGGUAUGGAAACCAUGCUGUGUAAUGCAGUUUCUUUGGGGAUGACCUUUGCUGUAAUAAUGGAGAAGAAGCAUUGGUGAUUACAAAUGAUUUUGAUAAAAUUUGUAAGAUUGGCAUUUGACAUUCGAGCUUAGAUUUGAGGGCACUAAUUUUAGAUUACAUUUGACGCUUCUCAGAUCAUAAGAUUCAAAAUAGGUUGUACAAUAUUUUGCUGAUAGUGUAGUAUGUAAGUUUUAACUUCUCAGUUGGUGGAUUUUUUUUUUUGCUGGUAUAAUGGUUGAUUUUCUUGUACAUAUGACAUCUCAAAUGAACAGAUUAGUAAAAGAAAUUUGUUAUGCUCGAAUUCUGUACCCCAAUAUGUACUUGCAAGCUGUUGAAAGAUUUGUGGCACAUUUCUUUAAUUUUAAAUCUACCCCACACCAUUUUGAUUCUAUCAUUUCCUUUUCUCUCUACGUCUCUCUUCUUAUUCUCUCUUUCUCUUAAUUCCACUCUAACUUCUAAUUAUGCUAUUACUAUUUUUUAAUGAAAAUAGAGAUUGAGAUUAAGAGAUAAGGAGUAAGAAGAGAAAUGUAGAAAAAAUGCAAAUGAGAGGAUUUAAAUUCCACUUAAUCAAUCGUGUUACAAGAUAUACUGACUAGAGGAAUUUAUUUCCUUAUUCUAAAAAAAAUUUGUUAAAUCAACUAGCAAGAAAGUUCCUUUUUAUUGCUAGAGAUAUUUUUGCCUUCACUUUUCAUUUUGCAUCUUACCCAUCAAUAAUAAUAGACAAAUGCUAUUUGGGCAGUAUUUUUGUUGUCCCAUAUCAUGUAUAGAUAUGGUGUAGAUAUAAUUUUGAUUUAUAUAUUUGUAUACAAUGGUGGACACCAUGUUAAUUUUUUUAAUGUUGCUCAUAAUAUUCGGUAUCACUAUGAAAUUGCCUUUAUUAGAAGUCUCCUUACAAUGGCGAAUGUCUGUCAAAUUCACUUUCACAUUACAAGUGCAUGUGAAUAUAUGCAUCAAUGACAAAGAACCAUGGUUAAUGAUAUAGAAAAUAAUUAUAAUUGAACUAGUUACAUUUAAACAUUCUUUUUAAAACUUAAAUUUAACUUAGAUUUCCCCUAAUCCAUCCACUUCCCUCCCUUCCCUUAUGUUUUUCUGUACCUUUCCUUUCCAAAUCACAUUCUAAGAGGCUAAAGUUUAAUGCUACUACUGCUGUCAGCCAUGCUUGUUCUUCCUAUUUGCUAAUGAAUAGAACUACAAGACACUGAUCACCCGAUAGCCCUCGUGAUGAAAAAUCAUAAAUUUCUUCUUGCUAAUGAAUCUACGAGAACUACAAGACAUGUCACUGAUCACCCGAUGCCCCUAGUGAUGAAAAAUUAUAAAUUUCUUCAACAAUUAAACCUACCACAUAAAGCUUCAUCGUGACUGAAUUGGUGAAAGGAAGAAAUGAUAAAUUUACAAAUCUUGAUUAGAGAAGAAUGUUUCUUUUGAAUGCUCAUUGUCCAGGUGAAAAUUUGAAACCUACUUAUCAUAUCACAUAACAUCUUUUACAAAUGUCAUACACUAUCCUUAGAACUAGACACCUCAUUAUUUUGCUUCUCCUGUUCGCUCACAGCAAUAGAUUUCUCAGAUGGCUCCCCACCUGUGGAAUCAGGUUCCUUUUUAAGCUCGGACUCAAACUCCUUUGCAGCCUACAAGAUUUACAAAAUAUAGUAAAUAAUCAUAUAAACAAUAAGGAAAGUAUUUAACAGUUUGUACAUAACAUAGCAUUUACUGGUUCACAUGAAAGUUGGUGUCAGAAUCCAAAUUAUUUGGCUGCUUGAGUGCAUGGCGAAUAAAUAUUGAGUAGUGAAUUAUCCAAACCCAUACGCGGUAAUGUGGAUGACAAUCGCGAACAUUAGGAGAUCAUCUCAUAUAGAUCAAAAUAACAAGCUGAGGAUUACAACAGCACCAUAUGACAUUUUUCUCAUACAAAGGUAAGAAAGCAGAGCCUAAAGCAAUUGCUGAAGUUGUUGCUAUGAUCGAGGAAUGUAAGCCAAACCAGUGAGUGAUUGACUCCAACAAAGUUUAUAGACCGUUUGUUUGAAAACCUAUUUUCUGCUUUUACUUUCUAUUUUCAAGUUUGAAAACCUAUUUUGAUUAUUAAAAGUAAAAAAAAAAAAAAAA